UAUGUAACUAGUCAUGGAUGGAGGUGUAACUGUGACCCGUAUUGCUCCGGAGCUCCAGUAUUCCUGGUUCUAUCUCCCGGUGUCUUUGUGCUGUUUCUGGUGACCUGCACUGAAAGUGUUACCUGUGUGGGGACCGACCGGUACAAGCUAUUAAAGCUUGCGAGGUUCCGAGUUGAACUGCUAGGAGCUGGAGAGAUGGAGCGGCUUCAGCUGGCCGCGUUCGUGCGUUUACAGCACUGGUGGAUGGUUUGCUCUCCCUGCCGUGCGAGGGCGACGAGGCCGUGGUGGGGAGGUCACAGUCUCACGGCAGCUCCACCACGACCUUCUGGCCCGGGGGCAAGCGGCAGAGGAGAGACGUUUCGGUGGCGCGGAUUUUGUUUUGGAGACGGUGGUCCCCUCAGCGCUCAGACGACCUCCCCGGGCCGGGCGGGGCGGGUGCCCGGGAGGCGGGCGGUGGCAGCUUUGGCUGGCUCAAAUAGCCAGCGCCGCGCUGGGAGCGGAGCUGCCCCGGCCGCCCAGCCCAUGGUGACGGCGGCGAGCGGGCGGCGCGGCGGCGCUCCGGAGCGUCGGGGGCCCGGCGGCUCCCCGGGGGGCUGCCCGCGGCGCCCGGGGCGGUGGCGGCGCCUGGCGGCGGCGGUAGAAAGUGCGCAGGAGCUGCAGGCUUUCCGCGACUACGGGGAGAGCUGGUACCGCUCCCGCAAGGGGCUGGAGAGCCGCUUCCAGCCGCGGGAGCCGCUCGCCCGGCAGCCGCAGGUGACGGCAGAGGCGCGCUGCAAGCUGGUCAGCUGGCUCAUCCCCGUGCACCGGCAUUUCGGGCUCUCUUUGGAGGCACUCUGCCUGGCCGUCAAUAUCCUCGACCGCUUUCUCGCCACCACUCCCGUGGCCGCCGACUGCUUCCAGCUGCUGGGGGUAACAGCGCUGCUCAUCGCCUGCAAACAGGUGGAGGUGCACCCUCCUAGCGUGAAAGAGCUCCUCGCCCUCUGCUGCGACGCCUUCACCCGCCAGCAGCUCCGCAACCUGGAGUGCAUCGUCCUGCAUCGCCUGGACUUCGACCUGGCGGCGCCCACCGUCAGCUUCUUCCUGGAGCACUUCAGCCAGGUGCGGCUGGAGGCUCGGGGGGCCGACGCGGGGGAGGCGGCGGACGCCCGGAGCCUGGCGGCGGGCAUCGCGGAGCUCAGCCUGGCUGAUUACGCCUUCACCAAAUACGCGCCCUCGCUGCUGGCCGCCAGCAGCCUGGGGCUGGCGGACAGGCUCCUGCGCCACCGCAGCCCCCUGGACCUGCGAGUCAGCGGCUACCCGGAGGAGAUCCUACGGGGCUGCAUGGACCAGCUUCAGCUCCUGGUGUCUCUGAACGGGCGGUCCCUGUCUCUCCUCCUGCCCUCGGAGGUGGCCCAGAAGUGCGCCUGGCUUGGGGAUGAGCACUGACAGCAGGACGUGGUGCCGACGGCUCUGGCUCGGCGUUUGUGCUCCACAGAGUCAGUGCAGUCUGAUGCACUAAGCUUUAGUGUCAUUGGAGCUUAAAAAUCAGAUGGCGUUUUGCAAACGAUUUUAUGUGUCGUGUCAUCUGCACUAUCCCUUUGCUGUAUUUUUUUAAGUCCAGCAUGUAAAUAAUUUACUGAAUCUACUGUGUUAUUUAAUUGGAGGGUGGUCCAUAAAGAUAACGGUGUAAGGACCAACUGAAUAUUGAGUAAACCCUUUCCUACUUGUUACCUCUAUUCGUUUACUUGCUGGUGGUACAUGGAUGCAGCUGGGAGAGGAAACACAUUGGCACAUAACGAAUUCGCCCUGCCGGUUAACUCAAUCCCUCACAAAAUAAAAAUGCCCAGUAGUGUCAUUCCCUGCCAUGCCCUUAUAACUUGGGUCAGUUACACGACGCUUAUACAUCUUAAGUUAUAAGACACCAAUAUAACCUGAAUUACAACUUUUUAUACAAUGUAGUAGCUAGUGUACGGUUAACUAGUUGCUCAGUGCUUAAAUAAAUGGAAAUUUGCCACGUGAAUAGUUUCAAAAUAGACGAGUAUAGCUAUAUUGGGGAGCAGCAGGUAUACUAAUGAGUAAUUCACAAAUAUAAAGCAAAUUAGCCACAAAAUGAAAAAUUUAGACCAGUUAGAUCCAGAAAGACCAAGGAACACCAUAACUGUGCAUGCUCCAAAGACAAUGUUGAAAAGUGCAGAUGUGAGGAAGACCUUGAGCCUUUACUGAAGAAGACCCCCAAGACCACCUAAAUUGGGGAAGCACAAGUACAGUACAGAACAAUUUAUGACCAUGAGAUAACAUUAUGUAAAUCAGCUCUGGUACAUACAUGAUGAUGUUAUAAUGAUGUAGCAAUAUUAAGUAAUACUUACUGUAUAGAUAAUCCACAGCACUUGACAAGGGUGAAUGAGUUAGGUGGAGAAAUCCCCCUCACCUCCAGUGCUGCAAUAAACAAAUACCAACUGUAUAGACACCAAUCUAUGGGGUUUUAUUUCUAGCCAUCGGGCAUCACCCAUCUCAAGCUGCACCCGUUGUCUUGGUCAUGGCUCGGGAAAAAAAAACAACUUAGAUGAGCUGACACAAGUGUAGGAAAACAGAGUAUGGAAUAAUAAUAACAGUGAGGUUUGUUUUUUUGUUCAUUUAGUUUUCUAGCAGGUCUAUAAUCCAGAUGCACGCUCCUGAGCAGCUUGAGGGCACAUUCAAGGGCUGAAAACAGCCAUAGCGUUGUAAAGUAUUUCAUUUUCUUCAUUUGUAUCUGUGCACAAAAGUGAUAUUAAAGGAGCUCA